ACAAACUUUCAAGUAUAGUUAUUGUUUACAAUUAUUUUUAAAUAGUUUCUCUUAAAUUUUAUCUUUCUAACAUUACACGUAUUCAAAUAUUUUGUAACAUAUGUGAGAAAAAAAUCUUAAAAAAAUCUUCUUUAUUCGAGUAAGCCUACUCAUGAACAAUUCGUCAAUAAUAUGUUUUAAAAGUAUUCAAUUUUCGCUUUUCUAAACUUUUUUCUUCCUAACAUUUUGUCUACACGUAUUCAAAUGAUUCCUAACAUAUGUGAGAAAACAAUUUAUUUUUCAAGUAAGCCUACUUAUGAACAUUUAGACAAUACUGUUUUAAAAGAUUAAUUAUUAUGUUAGUUUCUAUAGUUAGGUAGCACAAAUAUUCAUAGGGACAAUUUGGUUAAAUGUAUAUUUAUAAGUGUAAAUUUAUUAUUUAUAGGUUCUAUAUCAAAUAUUGCUACUCUCUUCGUUUCACUUUGUUUGUCGCUUUAGGUUUAUGCACACAAAUUAAGAAAACAUUUAAUUUUGCAUAUUUCCAAAAUAAAAACAUCAUUACAUAUACACUUAACCAUGUUUCAACCAGUAGAAAAAUAAAAUGGAAAAUAUUAUUUUUAAAUUUUGCAUUGUAAACAUAAAACGACACUUAAAAUGAAACAAAAUUUUUAACUCUAAAAUGACAAAUAAUAUGAAAAGGAGGGAGUAUAUUAUUUCAUAGAAGUUAUCAUACAUUAUUUUUUUUUAAUUAAAAACUGAUGGGGUUUUGACUAUAUACAUAUGAUUCUUGUUUUUAUAAGAUUCAUGUUCUUUAUGAUUCAUAAAUGAUACAUGACAGUUUUUUGCGACUGGGAUAUAUAAACUAUUCAUAAUUAUGUUCUUCUAUAAAACUUUCUUACGUGACAUUUAUUUUGAUUAAUAUUUUUGGAUUUUUAUGGGAUACAUGACAUUUAUUUUGGGAAUCAUCAAUAUAAACGGUUUUAUAUUGUAAAAUCAAAAUGUCUAAAUUUAUGGAAUAUCUUGCAUGAUUGUAAAAUAUAUCCAAAAUGGAAUUACAUAUUAAUUUUUUUUUUACAAUCCCUUAACUUUUGCAACAAGAAUUUUAGAUUUCUAAAUUAUCUUAAAUGGUGACAGACAUUAAAUUUGGAAAUUUAUAUUAUUCUUUUUCGAUUAAGCUUAAAGUCAAAUAUCAUUUUAUAGAUUUCCUUUAUUUUCUCCCUUUGCAUAUAAUAUUUUCUAUAAUUCUCUGAAAACCUACGAUUUUAAUGUUAUACGAAAUUAAUAGGAUUGUCUGAUAUUUAUAUUCACAAGUGAUAGGGUUUUGACUAUAUAUUCGAUUCAUAUUGUUAUAAUAUCUUCUUUACGAUUCAUGAACGAUAGAUGACAUUUUUUAGGGACUGAAAUAUAUAAAUGAUUUAUAAUUAUGUUCUUCUAUAAUUAUUUGGUUUGUGACAUGUAUUUUGGUUGAUACUUAGAGACGAUUAUAUAUGUGAAUAAAAUUUAUUUUCGGAGUGGACAAUAUAAACUGUGUUAUAUUGUAAAAUCAAAAUGUCAUAUAUAAAAAAUUUAUAAGCAAUUCCACAAAAUACAUUCAAAUGGUGACAGACAUUAAAUUUGCAAAUUUUUUAAUUCUUUCCGAUUUAUUUUAAGAAAAAUAUCAUUUUUAAUGUAGAAUUCUUUAAUGUUCGCCCUAUGCAUAUAAUACUUUCUAUUUUUGAAAGUAUUUUAAAUGACUAGCAUUUAAUAUGACUAUCCCCUUUAUCUCGUACCCCCUCGAGACUUUUUAGUAAAAAUAUUUUUUAAAAUAAAAGAUAUAUUAAAAGACGUCAAUAUGUAUUUUGAGUCAUAAUCGAUAUUAAGGUUCAACAAUGGGCCUCUUUUACAAAUUCGAGUCUUAAUCAGCCCACUAAAUUUGUAAAUUCAUAUUAUUUACUUCUUUUUUUUUCAACCUAAUAUUAUUUACUUCAAUUUAUUUUUAUUCUUUUACAAUUUUACAUACUCCAGAACCGGUAUAAUUUUAAUAAAAUAUAACGUUACAAUUUUGUUAAUAGGACAAUUACUAUUUUUCUACCAUAAUAAGAAUAUCGUUAUCCGGAUACUCGAGUUCACUAAAAACUCCAGUUAACUUCCAAUCUCAAAUUGUUUUUCUUAGCAUCAAUCUGUAUAUCAAACAUGUAUUUCUGCUAAUAUAUACCAUGUAUAAUAUGUCAUUUUUUUACCUUUUCAAUAUCUAUAGAGUCAAAAUUUAUAAAUUUCUUAAGUUCAUUCACCCCGCGCAUGGUGCGGGUCAUCACCUAGUUAUAUGUAUAUAGGAUAUGUUGUAUAUGUUCUACACAUUAAACAAAGCAAGUUAACCAAUAUCUCCUUUCAAGAACCACCAUUGGUUCCAUAUGGAAGAAUUAACCAGGGUUUUUCUUUGGAUUAUUUGGUAUAUUUGGAAAAGCCGGAAUGAAAAAUUGUUUAAUGGACGUGAUUUUUCACGUAUGGUUACGCUCGAUCUGGCGACACGAGAAUGCAAUGCAUGGUUCUUGGCCAAUGAGGAGAUCAAACCAUGAGAAAGCACUAUAGAAUAUAUACCAAGUAUCCCUCCUAAAGUACCUAUAUUCAUAUAUUAGUGGAUGGAUUAUGGAAGAAUGAGGAUACCACAAGUGGUAUAGGUUGGAUCUUACAGCUUCAAGACGGAUCAAUAGAUCUUCUCAGGCUUCAAGGAUGCCAUAAGCAAAUCUCGCUGUUACACACUGAACUAAAAAAGUUGGUUUGGGCUUUAAAAUGCUUACUUCAACAUCAGCGGUAUUGCAACUAUUUUGUUACUGACUCCCAGGAGUUAGUCAAAAUGAUAGCUACACCUGAAGACUGGCAAGUUUUUACAACUGAGCUUAAUGAGUUUAAAACUCUAUAGGCGUCCUACCAAGAUGGACAAGUGGUCUAUAAAGACAGUUCCAGAAACACCCAAGCAGAUUUAAGACAUGCUCGAACAAGAAGAAAGCGUGUUUUCUCAUAUGUUAACAUGACGCUGCCACUAUGGAUUGACACUAGCAAUUAGGCUUUUUCCGAUUCGUACUAAUAAUUAUCUUUGUAUUUUUAUCGUGAUAAAAAAAGAAGUUAAACAAUAUCUAAACUAUAUUGAAAAAUGCAUUUAACCACACGGAUGUAGAGAUGGCAAUUGUAGACGUGGACCGCGGGCCUAUUCCAAAAAUUUCCAUUGCGGGUCGGGUUUGGGCCAUAAUAUAUAAAGCCCAUAAAAUAGUGGGCUUACUUGAUGAAAAUUUUGAUCAACAUUUUGAUUAAACCUUUGAGAAUUUUUCCAUUCAUUACCUUUGAGAAUUUUUCCAUUCAAGCUCGGAUUUUUUUUUCGAACUAUUCUCGAUUAUUGUACUAAUCUUUGUUUUUAUGUUUUUUUUAAUAUAUGUUUUAAAAGUUAUCUUUUAAUAUGUUUUAUUUAAUAAAUUAAAAUUUCAUUAAAUAUUUUUUUUAAGAAUUCCUAAUUAAAAAACUCCCACUGAACCGCUCAAAAUGAGAGUUUUUUAGUACUUAACUUCGCUUAAGUACAUUUAAAGUAUAAAAUAAUCAUUAAAAAACUUACUUAAGGAUAAACAUGCUCUAGGGUGACAGCUAGUCAGCGACUAAUUAUUUUGAGAUGUAAUAAAUGGAAAAGAAUGAAUCAACUCCUAUUUAAUGAUUAUAUGAUCACACAAGCGUUUCAAGAUAUGUUCUCUACCUGUUUCCGUUCAAAGUCAAAAUAUUUUGAUCUAAAAAAGGAAGUAACGGAAAAAAAAAAACAUUACAGUUUCUGUACCUUUCUUCUAUCGCCCAUCUCUCUCAAACACAAAAAAAACGUCUCAUAUUUCUCUCUCGCUUUCCUCUCUGCCUCUCCUUUUCUCUCUUCGCCGUGAAUGGCAACUCAUGGGGCGGCUCAGCCUUCGACAAAGAAACGAAGCUUUCUCCUCCGUGAUUUCUUUAAACUUUUCCGAGCAAUCUCAAGAGUUUUGCCUCGUGAAAAGUCUAACCAUAUCCAUAAGGCCAGUAAACACGAACGAAAGCUCCGCACCAAAUCCAAAGAUCACGAAGAACAGAUUUUCAACGUCUCUGAUGAUCCAAACGCGUUCCGUUUCCAGGAAUCAAAGCCGGUGGCUAACAAGGUGGAAGGUGCAAAUUUUUGCAAGGUUCGUAGCUAUAGAUUCGACAACAGCGCGAGUUUCGUGGGGAGAAGGAAGCCGUCAUCUCUUUCAAGAAGUUGUAGCCAGAACACGGCCACGACGAAUCCGAAUCUCACGAUGCGGAGUUUGUCUUUUUUAGGGAGGAGCAACAGCAGCAGCAACAAGACGGAUUCAAAUGGAUUUAUGCCGACACUUAUGAGAUCGACGACCACGGUUCCAAGGAGCUUAGCAAACCCAAUCUUAUACUCGAGCUCGUCCGCAAAAGUGGCUAAACCUCAAGCAACGGAGAAGAAACUAAGCUGCACACUCGAGGAGCUAUGCAACGGAUGCACUAAGAAGAUUAAGAUCAAGAGAGAUGUGAUUACAACCUCAGGGCAACUGAGCGAGGAGGAAGAGACGGUGGAAAUAAAAGUGAAACCAGGAUGGAAAGGAGGAACCAAAGUAACAUUUGAAGGAAAAGGAAACGAAGCAAUGGGGAGUGUACCGGCUGAUUUGACAUUCGUGAUAGUCGAGAAAGAGCAUGGGGUGUUUAAAAGAGAAGGAGAUGACCUUGAAAUGGUGGUGGAAGUCUCUCUACUCGAAGCUCUAACGGGAUUCGAGUUCUGUGUUGCCUUACCUGAUGGUGACAACAUGAGUUUGAAGAUAAAAGAUGUUAUUCACCCUGGAUAUGUCACAGUGGUUCAAGGCAAAGGUAUGCCAAAUCCAAAGGAGGGAGGGAAGAAGAGAGGAGAUUUGAGAGUUUGGUUUCGGACUAAGUUCCCACAACAACUUACAGAUGAUCAAAGGGCAGAGAUUCAGAGCAUUCUUCAAGAAGACUCUUCUUGAUUGCGUUUGCUGAUACAAUCUUUCUUUCCCUUUUUUAUUUAGGGGAGGCUUUUACAACAUGGUUAGAUAAAAAAAAAAUCCAAAGAGACUCUUUACUUUUGUCAUCUAAGUUUGUAAACAACCAAGUUGAAAAGAAGAAACCACUUAUUUAUAGA